CAGUGUAAAUUGGCAAUAAGUGUAUCAGUGCUGUAUACACUUGCCUAACCUGUUUAGCAAUUAUAGUUAAAGAUCUGUAAUGUAAAACAUCAGCUACCAUCGUCGGAAUAUCGGAUUUUCAAUGACGACCAAAUACAUACAAGUGAUUAGCAAAGUUACUAAAUAACGAGUAGUUUUGCUGCUCAUUAUCGCGAUCAUUUCCCCCAGGUGGCUGACUGAAAUAUCGUUGUUAUUGCCUUCCCAUCACAUGACAAGUCUUCAGACGGACAGUUCUGUGUUCGGAUCUGACAUCCUGUCUACCCAUGCCCCGCACGGCACAGGCAUGUCCAAAGACAGUCAGCAGCGAACUUAGUUAGCGUUAAAUAACUGGUUUUCAAAAAUUCCGUUGGGAUUUUGUGUUGCACGUUCAAUGGCAGGGUAGGUGUUUCGAAACAAAAUAUCGCUACCUCCGUAACUCUAUAGACAACUACCACGUUUCAAAAUGCCUCAGGAUGGAAGAACAAAUUCCAGAAAAGUUAAAAGACCGAAACUGGACCUGAAGUUCGUUCAGAGGUUCUGUGGAAUUCAGAGGAUUCUGUUCCCGUCCUGGUCCAGUCAGAAUGUGCUGAUGUUUGGGACUCUGCUCUUUGUCACCCUCCUUGAGCAGCUGGUCAUUUACCAAGUGGGUGUUCUCCCAAGCAAGUUCUAUGAAGUCCUAGCCGACAAGGAUUUUGGUGGUUUUAAGAGCCUUGUCAAGUUUGCGAUCCUCUUGAUACUGCUCAACUCCACACUGAAGAGCCUGGAUCAGUACAUCUGCAGUCAGAUGUACGUGAGCUGGAGGGAGAGCCUGACGGAGUCCCUGCAUCGGGCGUACUUCCAGAGCAGGGUGUACUACACCCUCAACGUGCUUCGGGAGGACGUAGACAACCCGGACCAGCGGAUCAGUCAGGACACGGAGCGGCUCUGUAAGCAGCUGAGCACCAUGGCCAGCAGGCUGAUCGUGUCGCCCUUCACUCUGGCCUACUACACGUACCAGUGCUUCCAUAGCACUGGUUGGAUGGGGCCCGUCAGCAUAUUUAGCUACUUCGUCUUGGGAACCAUCACCAACAAAUCCCUCAUGGGGCCCAUAGUCUCCACUCUCUUCCUGCAGGAGAAGCUGGAGGGCGAUUUCAGGUUCAAACACAUGCAGAUUCGGGUCAACGCGGAGUCCGCCGCCUUCUACAGGGCGGGUAAGGUGGAGUACAUGAGGACGGACCACAGGCUACAGGCCCUGCUGCGGACACAGAGACGUCUUAUCAAUAAGGAGUUCUGGCUGUACAUCGGGGUGAACACCUUUGACUACCUGGGGGGCAUCCUCAGCUACAUGGUAAUCGCCAUCCCCAUAUUUACGGGGGUGUACGACGGACUGUCCCCAGGAGAGCUGAGCGCUCUCAUCAGCAAGAAUGCCUUCGUGUGCAUCUACCUGAUAAACUGCUUCAGCCAGCUGAUCGACUUGUCCACCACAGUGUCUGAUGUGGCUGGAUAUACACACAGGAUUGGCGAGUUGAGGGAGGUGAUGGAUGACAUCAUCAGAAAGCAGUGUGACUACGACCCUGCUUCCGGGGACACGUACGAUUUUGACAGUGACUUUGACGUGCACGCCGGCCCUGGCGACACGGCCUUUGUCCUGGACCGGCUGUCCUACAAGUCCCCCUUCUCCGAGGAGCUGCUGGUGAAGGACCUGAGCCUGAAGGUCUGCCAGGGGACCCACCUGCUGGUGGUGGGGAACACGGGCACGGGGAAGACCUCCCUGCUCCGCGUCCUCAACCGCUUAUGGGAGUCCUCCAGCGGGUACAUGGAGAUGACUUCCUGUUUCGGGCCCAGGGGAAUCCUCUUCCUGCCGCAGAAGCCCUACCUGACGGACGGAACCCUGAGAGAGCAGGUCAUCUACCCCUUGAAAGAGAUAUACCCUGCAUCAGGGGCGGUUGAUGAUGAGAGGAUCAUUGAGUUCCUGGACCUAGCUGGAGCGUCCGGUCUGCUGAAGAGGACGGGCGGUCUGGACAAGAGAGUGGACUGGAACUGGUAUGAUGCACUGACUCCAGGGGAGAUGCAGAGACUGAGCUUUGCCCGACUCUUCUACCUGCAGCCCAAAUACGCAGUGCUGGACGAGGCCACGAGCGCGCUCACCGAGGAGGCCGAGGGCCAGCUGUACCGGGCCUGCAAGAAGCUGGGAAUGACCCUGUUCAGCCUGGGCCACCGGAGCAGCCUGCAGAAGUAUCACGACGUGCUGCUCAGACUGUGCGGAGAAGGCCGCUGGGAGCUGACCAAGCUCAAAACGGAGUGACGGAGGGGCGGGAGGGGCGGGAGGGGCGGGAGGGGCCGUGUGAGAAGGGGGUGGGGCGAGGCGACUCAAACCCCUCCCACCUAGAGAGACUUAUCAACUGGAUUUACUGGGGGGCAUUACCUCAGUAUGACACGUCAAGCAGGCUUUUGGUUGGGAUACUAUCCGUCAUGUUUAUAUUUUUUACUAUUUUCUUUUCUGUUUUACAAUUAAAUUGCCAUAUGUAACAAAGAAAGCUUUAUCAGUUCUGAUACUUAAACUGUGAUUCUGUACUCUUCCUACUUCUGACAAGAGGAAUAAAGUGCGAAGCCUUCUGAAAAUGCACUACCAGUUAAAGGGAUGUAAUUAAAAACUGGAACAAAACAAGGAUGAGUAGGCUGACCUCUCCUUCGAGUGACUUGAACUGCAGGUUUCUCUGCCAGAAAGGGUGUUCAACCAAGCGACGCCUGUGGGCGAAACCUUAGUAUUUUUGGACCCGGGGACACAGCUGCUUCCUGUACGUUACUGUGCACGCUGUACUGCUGCUGUUUUUGCAAGCAGCCUUUUGAACUGGAAUGCGGAGCUUUUUAAACAAGGCUAAGCGGAUUGCCGGGUUUGCUGCACCCUCUGUAUCAUUAAUAUGUUACACCCGUGACACUGGUCCAGGGUGGAGGAAGACGCUAAGCAAAGGAGUCAGGCUUUGGCAGUUUAUUGUCAUGGUGUCAUUGUGUCUUACUGACUACUAACCUGCCUGUACACUGAUGUAAAUGAGUAUAUGAAAUGUAUUUCUUACAUAAUACACUUAAUUGAAUGAAUGUAUUUUAUAGAGAAUACAAAAAAGAUUUUUUUUUUUUUGCAUCACAGUACAGACAUAACCCAAAGAACCUGAUUUGAAAUAUUGGUAGAGUAUGAUGUUUACUAAGGAAUGUACUGUGUAAAGCAAAGAUAAUAAAGCCAAAGCAAUAAAUUGCACAA